AUGAAUGCCAAUAUUGCGGAAGGAGAUCCAACAAAUUUCAAAGUCUGCAUCAUUGGCGAAGAAGGUGUAGGUAAAACAGCAAUUCUUAACAGAUAUAUUACGGGAGCAUUCGUUUCAAACUACAAACCGACAAUUGCUGCGGCUUUUAUGAGUGCACACGAGAUCGUAGGCGAUCACACAGUUACAUUGAACAUCUGGGAUACCGCUGGUCAAGAAAAAUAUCAAUCAAUGAUGCCUCUUUACCUUCGAAAUGUAGAUUGUGUCAUUCUUGUAUGUGAUGUUAUCAAACCGACAUCUGCUCAGUAUGUAGAACGUUGGAUUGAGCAAGAAUUUCCAAGUAUUAGGCCAGCACCUAUCUUAUUAGUUUGUAUUAACAAAUCAGAUUGCCAACAAUCAUAUAAUACGCAAAAUUUAGAAGAGUCAAUGAAAGAAAAAGGCAUUAAGGUCUUCUUUACAUCAUCGUUAAAUGGAAAUAACAUUGCCGCCGUAUUCAAUACUGUUGGUACUGCUUUAGACGAGGAAUCUGCUAGAAGACGUCCAGAAGUUCGUAAGAUACGUACAAAGAAUGAAUCAGAAGGCUGCUGUAAGCACUAA